AAAGCAGAGGAAACUGGUUUAUUGAUUUCCUCUUUGGUUUGUAAAGCCUGUUUUGGGACCUGUAGCCUAGAGAUUUCUAAGAGAUUUGAGAGGGAUGAAAUCUCGCCAAUCCUGGGCCCAUGUUUUGAGAGCAGCCAGCGCGCUGAUUGCACAGGUGUGUGCAGGCCUUUUUGUGGAGGCCAGGCCAUGAUUCUGGGCUCCACCCCGGCAGACAGGAGGGCUCCACCCCGGCAGACAGGAGGGCUCCACCCUGGCAGAAGGAGGGCUCUGCCUUGAAGAGAGGUGGAAGCCAGAAUAGCUGUGUGCUAGAGGU